CUAAAGUGCCCAGUACCGCUGACCCACAGAUCCUGUCAGUCAACGGGGAGGGACUAAAGGCCCAUCACCGCAGGGAAUACUGAUGAACUCUUCCCUUAAAGCUGCUGGUUGGAAUAUAGUUAAACAUUUUAGCCUCAAACGACACUUUUUCCAUGUCUGUCCCUCGUGUGGAGUAGCAGUUGAGCAAUAACUGAAGUGGGCGGCUGGGAUUCGCGACGAAAGUGCGAUGGCCAGUCCAGAGGAUGUGAUUGAGCCAGUGGCUGUGAGCUCAGCAGCCCAAAACCUCGACAGAAGGCGCUUCUCCCGUGACAUCCGCGAUUUGCAUCAAGAUGAGUUGGAUGGCCUCAUGACAGCCAGUGAGGGCCGUCCCUUUCAGGUGGUUCAUCGUCUCCCUGAAAUUAAAGAUUCAGGAGUACCGUUUUUAAUGCCUGGUAUUCCUAUUACAUGCAGAGUGGACAACACGGAGAAAUACACCACUCGCUCCAAGGUCAGAGUGGGAACCCUGUACACGGUGCGGUUAACUCACGGCCACUUCCAGUGGACGGUGAAGAGGAAGUACAAGCACUUCCAGGAGCUGCAUCGAGACCUUUACAAGCACAAGAUGAUGCUUCACCUGCUGCCGAUCGGAAGGUUUGCGAAGGACAGACAGCUGCUGAGGAACAUGUCGGAGGAAAUGCCCAGUCUGCACGGGACUGACCGCACAAGGAGAACCUCCAGCAAAAUGAAAUACCUUGAGGAAUACCUGAACGGUCUUCUGGACAACACCUUCUGUCGGAACGAUCACAGCAUGUUGGAAUUCCUCUCUGUUGGCGCCCUCUCAUUCGUGACUGAUCUCGGACCCAAAGGCUUGGAAGGGCCCAUCUCCAAGAGGUCGGGAGGUCACCGGAUCCAGGGCCUGAACUGCUUUGGCCACCAUCAGUUCUGUUUCCGCUGGUCGCACCGCUGGCUGGUGGUGAAGGACUCUUUCCUCUUGUACAUGAGCCGAGACCACUCUGAGAUCAACUUCGUUCUGCUGUUUGACCCCGAGUUCAAAGUAAAAGUGGGCCGUUCUCACACAGACACGAAAUAUGGAGUCUGCAUUGAGAAUUUCACUCGGAGUCUGGUUAUUAAGUGCAACAGCUACAGGCAGACGCACUGGUGGAGCCAUGAAAUAAACCGACUGGCGGAAAACUGCGACUAUCUCAAAGUGCAGCGCUUCGAGGGAUUCGCUCCACCUCGGGACAACACGCUCACGAAGUGGUAUGUGAAUGGAAGCGGCUACUUCAGGGACCUGGCUGAUGCUCUUGAACAAGCCAAGGAGGAGAUUUUCAUAACUGAUUGGUGGCUCAGCCCUGAAGUUUACCUAAAGAGACCUGCAACGGAUAACUACUGGCGGCUUGAUGAGAUACUUAAACGGAAAGCAGAGCAGGGAGUGAAAGUGUGCGUCCUGCUAUACAAAGAGGUGGAGGUGGCUCUUGGCAUCAAUAGCGACCACAGUAAGAGGACGCUCAUGAAUAUGCACCCAAACAUCAAGGUAAUGCGGCAUCCCGACCACGUGUCGUCCGUGGUGUUCUUUUGGGCUCACCAUGAAAAGAUGGUGGCCAUUGACCAAACUGUGGCCUUUGUAGGAGGGAUAGACCUGGCGUUUGGGAGGUGGGACGACAGUCUGUAUCGGUUAACAGACCUGGGUUUGACAGAAGCGUCAAACAGCGAAAAUGAGGAGCAGCCAAACAAAGAUACGACAGAUAACGGUGUGGCCGAUGGCCCAGAACCAGAGAACCCAACAGAACAGGACCCAGAGGAUCUGACUGCUAACUCUAAACUCUGGCUGGGCAAAGACUACAGCAACUUUAUCAAGAGAGACUGGGUCCAGCUAGACAGGCCAUUCGAAGAUAACAUAGACCGCAGUCAAGUUCCUCGCAUGCCGUGGCGUGAUCUGUCAGCGGCUAUUCAUGGCGGAGCUGCCAGGGAUGUGGCCCGCCACUUCAUCCAGCGCUGGAACUUCACCAAGAUCUUUAAAAGCAAGUACAAGGACGACUUCUACCCUUAUCUCCUCCCCAAGUCUCUCUCCACUGCCGGCUCACAGCCGUUCGCUGUGCCUGGAUCCACGAAAGCCAGAGUCCAGGUGCUGCGCUCUUCUGAUCGCUGGUCCACUGGAACCUGUGAGAACUCCAUCCUCAACGCCUACAUACACACCAUCGAGAACAGCGAGCACUACAUUUACAUCGAGAACCAGUUCUUCAUCAGCUGUGCCGAUGGGAAGACGGUCCACAAUGGGAUUGGUGAUGCCAUUGUGAAUCGAAUCCUGCGAGCUCACAGAGAGGGGAAGAAGUUCAGGGUGUUUGUGGUGAUACCGCUGCUCCCCGGGUUCGAGGGGGACAUUAGUACAGGAGGUGGAAACGCCAUUCAAGCUAUUCUGCACUUCACUUACAGGACAGUGUGCCGUGGAGAGCAAUCAAUAAUGUCAAGAUUGGGUGAAGUGGGGGAACAGUGGACCGAGUACAUCACUCUCUGUGGCCUCCGAACGCAUUCGCAGCUCUCCCAGACGCUUGUCACAGAGCUCAUCUACGUUCACAGCAAGACCCUCAUCGCUGACGACCGCUGCUACAUCAUCGGAUCAGCCAACAUCAAUGACCGCAGCAUGCUGGGCAGCAGAGACAGCGAGCUGGCAGUGUUUGUGCAGGACGAGGAGAGGGUCCCAUCCAUCAUGGGAGGAGAGGAGUACGAGGCCGGGCCGCUCACACUCGCUCUCCGCAAAGAGUGCUUCAGUGUUCUUGUUGGAGCUGCUUCAGACCCCAGCAUCAACGUAGACGAUCCCAUCAGCGAUGACUUCUUCUUCCUGGUCUGGAACCAAACUGCUAAACUGAACACUUCUAUUUAUGACAAGGUCUUCAAAUGCCUGCCCUUCAGCACGGUGUGCAGCACGCGGGACCUGAAGGAGUACAGCAGCCAGGACCGCCUCUGCGACACCGACCCCGAGCAGGCGGCAGAGGAGCUGAAGGCCGUCCGAGGGCUGCUGGUUCACUUCCCCCUGAAGUUCCUGUGUGAGGAAAACCUCCUGCCGGCUCUGAACACUAAGGAGGGCAUGGCUCCUGCAGAGCUGUGGACGUAACCGCGCUUCCACCCAGAUCAGACCACUACAUGACUGCGUCACAACUAAUCUCUAACUAAUAACCAGCAUAACACACUAGAGUAGUUACACCACCAAACACUUCGGCUGUGGGAGAAAAGCCACCUCUAGGAAUUGUAUUUGUCCAUCUCUCAUGUGAAGUCUGUCCACAGCUGCUGAAAUGCUGAUAUAUUAUUCUCAUUGAUAAUCUGUUAGUACAGUAGAUGAACCCUUGCGGGCCAAUUUAUUAAUGAUGCCAGAGUCUGCCUCGUAACUUCUACAGUAUAAUCUCAUCUCCGGGGCCAGUGGUGUUGCGUCUCUUACAUAAAUGAAUGUAUUUCUCUGGAGACGACUGCCAGGUUGUUUUGGAAAUCGAGCAUCUCACAUGAUCUGGGAACAUAGUGUACAUUUGUUGGUGCAGCAUUUUUUUUGGGUGGGUGGGUGGCUCUGUCUCUUUCUCUUUCUGUCUCUCUCUCGCGGCGCGCUCUCACUCUCUCCCUCUCAGGCUUCACCUCUCACUGCAGUGCCAGCAAAUCUGUCAGAACAUUUGUGGUUGUUAUGGUGACAGAUAUAAAGAGAUGAGAGGAUCGUAGCUGCAAUAAAGACUGGAUGGGGCAGGCAAAGGAGAGUGCUGAUACGAGGGAUAACUCACCAAAAUCAAGAUGUUGCACCAGAAAAACAGAAAGUGAUGUCUUGAUCAAAGAAUGAAGUAUUUCUGUGGAGGCAAAAAUUAUUUUCAUAUUUAAUGUGGAGGGAAAAAAAACGUAAGUGCGAAAAAGAAAAGGGGGCAAGAUAUUUUAAGUAUGCUACGCUGAGUUACUGUUAAUUUUGGCAUUUCGCUACGUCACCAUGGCAACCGAGAGAAUGAUCGUUUCACUGUGUCGUGUGCAGUCUACAGCAGAACAUUAAAUUUGACCAUUGCACAGCUUUUUCCAACGUCGAGAGCAGCGGCCAGGAAAUGUCCACCUUGUCUUUGUCCGCAGACAUCGACACAUUUGUUGUUGUCCAACUUAAAGUAAAAUAAAGUGACUGGCAUAGAUUUUUAAUACUGGGAUUACCAGUUUGGGGCAUCGUGAGACCAUGUUUUAACCAGCAAGGAUAAUGAUUGAUAUUAGACUAUAUAGCGUAGGGGGAUGACCACUGUUGAUAAGUUUGUGAAUGUCUUGCAUCGUGCAACUUUAAAGCAUUUAUAUUGUAGAAAGGCAAUCAUCUCCCUUUUGAAACAUCUUGUAUCCAUGCAGCAUCACAUACUGCAAAUACUAUCUUCCACAUGAGGGAACACAAGUUAUGGUUUACCUGGAGACAGAAGAUGUAGGUGACAGAGGUGAGGGUGAAGGGUCAUUUCUGGUACCUACAUUUGCACAGAUGGGGAGUCAAUGUAUCUCUGGACAGGUUUUUUGUGAACCCCGUCUUUUUUGAGGAUUUAGAGAGCAUUAGCACAUAUAUAUGUUUUUCUUUUUGUUAGCAGAGCAGUGAGAUGGUCCUUUUGUGUGUAGUAGCAGUAGCAAAAAAAAAACAAAUCUGAUACGAGACAACUUGGAAUGCACAACAUUAGCAUAAGUUCAUGAUCCCAAAAAUGCUUAAACUUGUUGAACCUACUAUAUGACGAAGCGAGUGAAAGUGCAGACAGUUGUGUAAGCCCUUGACACGUCUCCAGAGGUCAACAACACCACGUCGGUGGUUUCAGUGCAAACCUGACUGAUAAAGGAUGCGUCAUGUGAACGCUGCCCCGCUCUACCAAGCAGCUUGACAGGGACGCCACUCAAACCAUCAGUGUUUAGAAACGCUGCUUUACUAAAAAAAUUCACUUACUUCAAAAAUACCCACACUUUCCUGUGGAAGUUAAUACAAGCCACUGAGCCUGCUAGAUUAGAUGUUAGCAUCUUUCACGUAACACGAAAUUGGGGUUUUUAAGUGCUUUUCUUUGUUGUGGUUCAUUGUGUCUUUGAUAUACUGAGAAGUGACCUUACACUGUUUCUAUUAUGAAUUGUAUUUCCUAUUGGACUAAUAGCCAGCUAUACUACUUAUUUUGUAUGAAUGUUCCACUAAUUGAAAAAAAAAAUCAUGUUUAAAAUAAUCUCUUAACAUUUUUAAACCUUGUUGAUGCACAUGUGUAGAUAGGUUCUUACUUUUUGAAAUGGGCCACUAACUCUCAGGGGGGGACGUCUCUAAAUAAUCUGACGUAAUCAUUUUAGCACAGUUAGAAGCAGUUUAUAUUAUAAUUUACAAUAUGUUGUUUUUUUUGUUUGUUUAAGUAACUUGUUUUAUUGUACUAAACGUAAUAUCUGCUCUUACUUUAAUUCAAAAUAAUGUCCAAAAUGACAAGUGUCCCAUGUGUUGUUUAAUAAAAUACUAACAAGAAUAUUUGCGUUGUUGGAUGGCGUUGUAAGCGACAUUACCAUCAAAUACAAAUAAUAUAACGUUUUUUACGAUUAUGUCAAAUGUUUUGUAUGAGACCAUGUAAAUGUUUAAUAGUGUAUGUUGAAUCAUGUCAUUCCUCUGUCUACAAUAUCGAUGGAAAAGGUCAAAGGUUGCCUUCCAUCACCAUAAAUAAGACCAAAUCUGCCAAAUCACAACACAUUGCAAUCCAAAACUAAUGAUUAAAUGUAAAAAAAAAAAAAAAAAAAGUUUACAAAACAAAGGUUAUUUUUCCUGAUAUCUCAUAUGCAUGCAAAUAAAGUAUUUUAAGUA